UUAAAACAGCCCCACCGCGCCGCCGGCCCGAGCCAGCCGCUCCCUCGCCCCAGGCAGCCGCCGGGCGGCCCCUCCGGCCCCGCCGCGCCGGGCGGAGCUGUCUGUCCCCGGCGGUGCUGAACCGCCCGCGGCGGCGGCGGCGCCCGGAGCCCCCCGGCCUCGCCCCGGCGCCCGGAGCCGAGGUAGGCGGCGAAGGGCGCCGCGGGGGAUGGGGGGAGCCGGCGGCGGCGACCCCGCGCCGCCCCCCUGAGCCCGCCCGCGCCCCGCACACAAAAGCCGCGCCGCGGCCAUGGAAGAGGAGCUGAAGUGCCCGGUGUGCGGCUCGCUCUUCCGGGAGCCCAUCAUCCUGCCCUGCUCGCACAAUGUCUGCCUGCCCUGCGCCCGCACCAUCGCCGUGCAGACACCGGAGAGCGAGCAGCACCUGCCGGCCCUGCUCCACCCGCGGGGCCCCGCCGCGGGGCCGGGAGCGGGAGCGGCCGCCGCCUCCGCCGCCUGCCUGGACCCGGAGUGCGCGGCGGGCGGCGGGGACCACGCGGACAAGCUGAGCCUGCACAGCGAGACCGACAGCGGCUACGGCUCCUACACCCCCAGCCUCAAGUCCCCCAACGGCGUGCGGGUGCUGCCGCUGGUGCCGGCGCCCCCGGGAGCGGCGGCGGCUCCGCGGGGCGCCGGUGCCGCCAGCUCGUCCCUCACCUGCCCGCAGUGCCACCGCAGCGCCUCCCUGGACCAGCGCGGCCUCCGCGGCUUCCAGCGCAACCGGCUGCUGGAGGCCAUCGUGCAGCGCUACGAGCAGGGCCGCGCCGCCGCCGCCGCCGCCGCCAAGUGCCAGCUGUGCGACCGCAGCCCUCCCGAGGCGGCGGCGGUGCUGUGCGAGCAGUGCGAGGUGCUGUACUGCGCCUCCUGCCAGCUCCGCUGCCACCCGGCCCGCGGGCCCUUCGCCAAGCACCGCCUGGCGCCGCCGCCCGCACACCCGGGCGCCCCCGGCGGCGGCGGCGGCGACGGCGGCGGGAAGGGGGCGGGCGGAGGCCGCAAGCCGCCGACGUGCGCCGAGCACGACCUGGAGAACUACAGCAUGUACUGCGUGAGCUGCCGCAGCCCCGUGUGCUACCAGUGCCUGGAGGAGGGCAAGCACGGCAAGCACGACGUGAAGGCCCUGGGCGCCAUGUGGAAGCAGCACAAGGCACAGCUGUCUCAGGCUUUAAAUGGUGUUUCAGAUAAAGCAAAGGAAGCUAAAGAAUUUCUUGUUCAGCUGAAAAAUUUAUUGCAGCAGAUCCAGGAGAAUGGGUUGGAUUAUGAAGCCUGUCUUGUCGCUCAGUGUGAUGCCUUGGUUGAUGCGUUAACGCGACAAAAGGCAAAACUGCUCACAAAGGUGACCAAAGAACGUGAGCACAAGCUGAAGGUUGUUUGGGACCAGAUAAAUCACUGUACGCUGAAGCUGCGCCAGUCAACGGGGCUGAUGGAGUACUGCCUAGAAGUUAUCAAAGAAAAUGAUCCCUCUGGGUUUUUACAGAUUUCGGAUGCUUUAAUCAAGCGUGUUCAGGUAUCUCAGGAACAGUGGGUCAAAGGAGCCUUGGAGCCAAAAGUGUCUGCUGAGUUUGACUUGACUCUGGAUAGCGAACCAUUACUGCAGUCGAUUCACCAGCUGGAUUUUAUUCAGAUGAAAUGUAGGGUGCCACCCAUCCCAUUACUGCAGCUGGAGAAGUGUUGUACCAGAAACAACAGUGUGACACUGGCCUGGAGGAUGCCACCUUUGAGCCACAACCCGGUGGAGGGUUAUAUCUUGGAACUUGAUGAUGGAGACGGUGGCCAAUUCCGAGAAGUAUAUGUUGGCAAGGAGACUCUCUGCACCAUCGAUGGCCUUCAUUUCAACAGUACUUAUAAUGCAAGAGUCAAAGCUUUCAACUCAUCAGGAGUUGGUCCUUACAGCAAGACAGUUAUCUUACAGACGUCAGAUGUGGCGUGGUUCACCUUCGACCCCUCCUCAGCUCACAGAGACAUAGUGCUGUCGAACGACAACCAGACCGCCACCUGCAACAGCUACGAUGACCGGGUUGUUCUUGGCACAGCAGCCUUCUCCAAGGGCGUGCAUUACUGGGAACUGCACGUGGACCGCUAUGACAACCAUCCGGAUCCAGCCUUUGGUAUUGCCAGGAUUAAUGUCGUCAAGGACAUGAUGCUAGGCAAGGACGACAAGGCGUGGGCCAUGUACGUUGACAACAACCGCAGCUGGUUCAUGCAUUGCAAUUCUCACACCAAUCGGACGGAAGGAGGAGUUUCUAAAGGUGCCACCGUUGGCAUUCUCCUGGACCUGAAUAAGCACAACCUGACCUUUUAUAUAAACGGGCAGCAGCAAGGGCCGCCAGCGUUUGAAAACAUCGAGGGCGUCUUCAUGCCUGCACUGAGCCUCAACCGAAACGUCCAGGUGACGCUGCACACAGGACUGGAGGUGCCGCAAUGCAUGAAACAGCCCAAGUUACCCAACAACUAGUGAAGCCCCUGCCCGACCCUGUGCUGGAUUCUGUAAGCUUUCUCAGUGUGAUUUGGCACUUUUCAGUAAGUCAGUAUAAACGCAUUCUCUUCCCUGACUUAAAACAUCGUACAGCGUGUUGCUCACCGACUAAUCCGCUAGUUACAGCUAGCCCACUCCUUUCUUAAUUUAACAGCUGUAGCAGGCAUACCCACUGAACUGGCGCUCGAUUGCAGGUGCGUACCCGAACAUAUAUUUACACUGCAUUGCAUACAUAUGUGCACAUAUACACACGUAUAUUUAUAAAGCAAAAGGUUAAAGAGUGUAUUUUCUCUCUCUCAUGGCUGGAUUUGUGCUUAAAAGUUGGUAGGGAUGCUGGAAAAAAAUGGGUAGGACUAAGUCUGAGGGACAAGGGCUGUUGGAGCAGUUUACCAGUAGGUGAACUGGAUUCCCUUGCCACCUGGAGCCCUUAAAUCAAGAAAGCAUAUGUUUCGCCAGCUGAAUUGGAGGCUGUGUGCUCAAGAAUUCCAGGUUGUCCAUUACAUUCAGGGCUGAAAUGACCAUUAAUUAUUCCUUGUGGCUCUAGACUGCAGUAAGCUAUGGGGUAACGUUCCCCUAGAAUUCAGUGGCAGAACUUACCUCGUUAUCUUCAAUGAGAAUAAGAUUGGUUUCCAAACACUGCCACGUAACAGUUGCACUCAUUUUAGCUAACACCAUGAUAUGUGCAGAAUUCAGAUACAAAAAGUAGAGAGAAAAACACCCUUGGUGUGGUUUAGUGUUUGUUAUUUAGGUGUAAUUGUGGAGACUAUCAAUCACAUACAGGUCUGAUCGUGGUUAUCAGCACAACUCUUGAAAAAUGGUGCAGGGGAAAUCCCUUUGAAUUGAAUUAAUAAGAAUUUUUUUAAAUAUAGCACAUGCAGACUAUCCCAUGCAGAGAAAUGCUGCUUUCCAGCCUUGAUCCUGAUAAGCCCUGGGCAGCUCUAGUUCCAAUGUAGCUUUGAGAUCAGAAGCCUUAAUUUUCUAUUAGAUUAAUAUGAGCUAAUUAAUGUUUUGAUCCCAAUGAGGCACUUGAGCAAGGGAGAUUCAUAGCAUUCAUGUGAAAUCUGUCCCUAAGAAUUUUUCUGGAUUGGGACAUAAAUCUUUUGCAAGACUUAAUUGUGUCUGGCAUCUCCCAUGAAAACAAGCAGCCGUUUCAGGCGCUGCCCGUGACAACUGGAGUCUGACUGACAGGGAACUUUUCCCAGUCGUGGCACUAUCACCUGCACACUGUUGUCAGAAAACACAUUGAUCUGUGUGUGCGCUUCUUUUCCUCUGGCCCCAGUUAACGUAUGCAAGUGUGCGCGUAUAGCGGCAACGGGUAAGGACAAGAUGCAGCAGGCUGCGUGAGCCCAUCACGACUCAGACUCUGUCACUCUAAUCCCACGUUAAGCGUGGUGCUGUCAAACCUAAAAAGCAUAAACUCUUAAAUCCCAUCGAUGUACUAGUUCCUGUUUUUAAAUCCUGCUGCUUAUACAAAUUUUUCUCUCCAAGCAUAUGUAGACACACACUUAUUGUGUAAUAACAUGCAUAUAUGUUAUUAGACAUGUAGUAAUUAAGCCUGAAAACAAAUAUUCUAACCGAAAUCCAGCUUACUGCCUUGUGUUAAACAACAGCCAUGGGACAAACAGCCCAGGCCUGCCUCCGGGCAGCCUGCCAGCCCCCAAGCAUCCUGCUGCAGGUCCACUUCUGGUCUCCGGCCGGAGCACAUCGCUCAGGUAGCGCUGAGCGACAGCAGGGCUUCCCUGUGGCGGAGCGGCCAGGAGCCUCCCUGGGGUCACCCCCCCUCGCAGCCGUUGUGGGGAAGGGGAGGCAGCCCAGGACGAAACAGUCCCGGGCUAUUGCACAGACAAAAGGCAAUCUGCCACCAUGCUGCCUGUAACCAACCAAGCAUCCCGCAGCCCAUCUCUUCUGCAGAACAGCAGCGCACCUUCAGCGAUGUCAAGACUGAAAUAGGGAAUAAAACCAACGGGAGAAGAUAACGUAAGCUUUUAAGUGGGAAAGCAACGGUACUUUCUUCAAAGUCUGGAAUGGAUUGUAUUAGUAAAUCUGUAGACAUUGGAAUAACUGUGCUACGCUCAUCUUGGUUUCUUAAAGAACAGCAGAGACCAACUGUGUUAUAAUUUUCUCUUUUGUUUAAUACCAUAUGAACUCGUGCAGGAUUUUCUAAUUAGUGGGUCUGUUUUAACCUACCUCAGCUAGAAUGCUACCGGACCCUGAAUUUCCUCUUGAGUGUGCUCUUCUAUGUACCUAACAGCUGUAAUCAUAGCAUUGGCUUUGAGUAUUGCCAGCCAGGGCAGUGUAUGGGAAUACUGUACAUAAGUUGCACAUAGUUUUUUAUAUUGGGACACAUCCCGUAAUAAUUUUAAUACAGAAGGCACUCCACUUUCACUUGUAUUAAAGCCAAAAUGGCAUUGUUUGUUUUGGGACCGAA